UUUUUAAACGCGCCAAAACCGUUGACACACGAACGGCACGAAGCCAUUUUGCAUCGUACGCACAAGUAAACCGACGCUAAGCAACACGUUUGGAGUAAAAUUUUCUUUGUUUCCAUCUCGUUUCCAGUGAAAUCAUAACUGAUGGAAGAUAAUAAUCUGCGAGAGGAAUUGGAAGUUUUAAAAAAAGUCCUGACGCAAAUACAGGAGCUCUACGCUUUGGUCCACUUGUUCAGGACUGAUCUGGAGAAAGUUGCCAACAAUUACCAGGCUCUACUCAGCUCUUAGUAUGAUGACACCUGUAUCCAAUAUGACUAGAAAGAGCUUGGGAGCUGUGCGUUUUGACUUGUCGGAGAUGUCACCUGCUGCAAACGCAUCACCGUCGCGCCGAAGACGUUCCAUAGCAGUUCCCAAAGUUGUAGAGACCAAUAUCGAAGAAAAUGACGAUGAAGCUGAAAGGUUGGCUAGGAGGGAACAGACUGGGAGCAGCAGUCCAGCAUCAACGUCUAUUACGACCAAUGAUCGCAGACAAUCCAACAUUGGAUUGUCUGCGAUAUCGAAUUUAACUGCUACCGAAAUGAGCAAUCAAAUAGCACAAUGCAUCAAGAUGAACGCUGAAAACAAAAUCAAUGACAAAAACGCCUUUCAGUUAAAAAUGAUUGAUUUCUUGGUUUACACUCUCAAGAAGCAAGAUCCAAAAAUGACCAAUCUACAAAUGGCCAGUGCUUCUCUAGAUGCGAGUGCAAAGAUUUAUGGUUUUCGAGUGGAUAAAGUCCAUUCUGAUUUGCUUAAGAUUCUUGGUAUGGUGAAACAAGAUAAAAGAGACAAUGCCAAUGAAGAUGAUGGUGUUGAGAAUGCAGAUGAUCCUGGAGCAAAUAACAAAAAUGAAGGUCAGCAAAAGAAGAAGAAAAAGAAGAAUAGACAGCACAUCAUUUCCACGAGUGAAGCAUUAAAAGGAAAUGUGGAAACUUACGACCCUUUAUCAUUGAUACGGUGUCAAAGAGAUACUCAAACUUCAGACAUGCUCUUUCAAGCUGGCCUACCACAACAUGCAAAUCAAGGAGUUGCCUUGAAUCUUUAUAAUGAUGUCAUUCUUGAUAAGAUUCCUACUUCUAACUCUACUGCUGCACCUAUCAAAAUAUCUACUCCUUUAAUUGAAGAUUUUACACAAUUCGAUAUUUGCCCGUCUUAUGCUACUUUCAAGUUCCUUGGUUGGUCUCCAGAUGAUGAACCAGAAGAGCAAAACAAUAAAAGUCAAACUGAAGAUAACGAUGGAGAAUUCCAUUUUGAUCUGGAUGCUGCUGUACCGGAUGAUGAUUUUGUUGACAAUGAUGCAAUGAUGGAUUGUGGAGAUGCUUACGAAGAAAGAUGUGAUAGGCUAGCUCAGAAAAAUCAACAUGUUGAAAACAUUGUUGAUUUUCAAGAUCUAAUUGCAAAUAAUCCUAAUCCAAACGCUACAUACGAAUAUUCGUAUGUACAAAAAAGCUAUCGCAUCCAAUGGGCUGGACCAUCGCACUGGAAGAUAUUGAUGAACAAAAAUCUUGGAGGCAGCAGAGUAGUAGAGACAUGCAAACAAAACGCAAAGAAAAAGAAGAAGGAAAUUGAAUUGGUUUACAAUGAAGAUUCCAAAGAAGAGGGAAAUUUAAAGUUUGGACAGAUCAACAAGCAUACGAAAAUAUUACCCAAAACUACAAAAGUAGUCUGGUCGGAAGACAAAGUUACUUUUCCCCAGGAUAUGCACUAUGAUCUCAAACGUUACUAUAUCUUCUUUAAUAAGCAAACUGAGCAUUUGAAGUUCACUGGUGAUGAUGAUAAAAUAGAGGAAACCAACAAUGAUGCUGGUGGUGACUUUGAUUUUUAUGAUGAUCGUGAUAUCUCUAAUUUUGGAGGUUCAGAUGAUAGAAAUACAGAGAACAAAUUUGCGGAUAUUCAUGAUGAUUUCACACAAGAUCAACAUGCAUGCACUCAAGAUACUGCAAUAACGCAAAGUCAAGGAGCAUUUAUUGGUGAUAAUUUAGUUUCAGUUCCUAAGCUAACUGAUAAAAUUUUCAUCCCAUACUCUCAGAGGGCUAAAAAAAUUGAUAUGCGACAGCUUAAGAAAGUCAUGUGGAAAAAUCUACAGAAGAAAAAUAAAGAAAGCGGGAAAGAAAAUUUCGACAUUACACAAGCAGUGGAAAACGAGAGUGUUAUAAAAGAAGUGGAGCCUAAAGAUUUUAGUAUUAUGUAUAAAGAAGUGCCAAAAAUGUUAUCAAAAACCAAUGCAGAAUCUCUGAGCCCCGCGAUUGCCUUUGUUUCGCUUCUGCACUUAGCUAAUGAGAAAAAUCUGAAAAUAGAUAGAGAAUCUGAAUUAUCAGAUUUAUGCAUCAAAGGAGGGAAAAGUAACGUGGCAGUAAGGAAUUAAGUACUUGCCUCAGUUAAAAUUAUUGUUCUAUGUACAUAAAAUUACAGAAAGUAUUUAUACAGAUUAACCCAAUGAAUCUUAUUUCAUACAUGCAAUCAGUUUGUUGUAAUGAUACUUUAACAGAGGCAAUCGUGUAAAAAGCUACUUAGUUUAAUGAAACAUUUUCUUAUGCUCUCUCUUUUCUACAUUAUAUUUAAAUAUGAAUUGUCUAAACUACAUCAACUUAGAUCUUUAGAUUUUAUGUUAUACAUUUAUUGAUAUUAUAGGUUCGUAUGCGAAAAUGUAAUUUAUUUAGAAAAUUAAAAUAUACGAGAAAACGUUUGUAAAUAAAAAUAAGUGUAAUUUGUAAA